GCGGAUUUAACACCCGGGAAACUUCCGGUUUCCAGUCACAGUCACAUGACCCGCACAGGGACAGAAGUUUGUCCAGCAGUAAAUCAGCUUUCUUCUGGAAUACAACCGUUUAAUCAUGCGGGGGUUAAUUUGUGGACCAAAAGUAGCCGCGUGCGGGAUGGUGUUGAGCGCGUGGGGGGUGAUAAUGCUGGCCUUGCUGGGGAUUUUCUUCUCCACACACUCAGCCGUGCUGUUUGAAGAUGUUCCAUUGACAGAAGACGACAUCAAGGGACCAUACCCCCCGCAGAGGAUCUACGAUCUGUACAACAAGGUGGGCUACAACUGCUUCAUCGCUGCUGCUAUCUACGUCCUGUUCGGACUCUUCUCCUGCUGCCAGAUGAAGCUCAACAAGCGGAAGGAGUACCUGGUGCACUAGUGCCUCCUGAUUGGCUGAGAAGUUCUCCAAUCAUUGUCCUUCGUCUCAGGAUUUAAACCCCCGGUGAUGAUCGUCAGGGAGGAGACUGGACGCUGUCUCCGAGCGGAUCAAUGUCGUGCACCUUUCUGUAUUUGAAAUUACAUUGAUUCUACCUCUGAUCGCAAGUGCUAAAGUGAUUUGUUUGUGCCAUGAAGAAUCCCACUGGAGGCAUCUGGUUCUUCCAGAGUUAAGCAAAUGUAAGGGUUGUAAAUGGUACUGUCUUGAUUUCCUCUUUCAUUAUGUACUGUACAAGUUGAUGUGUUUAAAAUUGCCAGUGUCCAGCUGUGUUUGGAAUGUUAAAUAUUAGAUCACAUUUCCUUCGUGCUUACUUAUCUCCGCACAGUGCCUCCAAAAAUCAUAUCCUGUCUCUAUUUAUUUCCAAGCUCGUAUUAAAUGUAUGAGGGUGUUUGCUUUAUCAUAAAUCCUGGAAAUAUUUGUAUUUACAUGCUUAUAAGUCCUUUAAUUUCAAACCUGCAGGAGUGCAGCGCACUGUAAGCUGGAUCAUUCAACGUCUGAAGACAUUAUCAUCUGUAAUUGCAGUAAAUUAAGUUUUAUAAUACGCAACUUACAUAUUUGUGGUUAUAUUGGCUAUUUAUUGAAAUACCAAGGUUCAAACUUGCACACACUGCACAACACGGUUGUUAAAUGUUCCUUUAAACAAGUCAAUACUAUUCUCAAAUGGUCUGAUAUUUAAAAAAGAAUAAAAUGGUAUUUUCCCCUA